AUGAAGUUCUGCAAUGACUUCCACAAGCUCAAUGAGGUGUCCCAAUUUGAUGCGUACCCUAUACCCAGGAUAGAUGCGCUGAUUGACAGAUUGGGAAAGGCACGGUUUAUGUCUACCCUUGAUCUUACCAAGGUCUAUUGGCAAAUCCCCCUGGCCAAGGCCGACAAGGAGAUGACAGCCUUUGCAACUCCAGAAGGACUAAAUCAGUACACUGUUCUCCCCUUUGGGCUGCUUGGGGCCCCCGCUAUUUUCCAACGGCUAAUAGACAAACUGUUGCGACCCCAUGGAAAGUACGCGGCAGCCUAUCUCGACGACGUCAUCAUAUAUAGCCCCGAUUGGGAGAUGCACCUGGAGAAGGUGGAAGCAGUCCUGGACACCCUGAGGAAGGCAGGGCUGACUGCCAAUCCCUCCAAAUGUUCGAUCAGGUUAGCUGAGGCCAAGUACCUUGGGUAUAUAGUGGAGAAGGGCGUGGUGAAGCCCCAGCUCAACAAGACAUUACAUUUUAUUUUGGACUCACUGGAUCUCUGUUUAUUUUGCAGGCAUUCCAGACUCCUGGGGUUUGUUAUUCUUUGGCUGGGAGUCAUUUUUCUAGCUGGGUUCUUCCAUAUGAACAUAAACAUCACUUCUUCAUACAGAGUGUGGGGGUUUUCCACCAAGCACCUGAGACCCAGUCACCCCCAGACGAACGUGAUGUUUCUCAAGACCCACAAAACUGCCAGCAGCACCAUCAUGAACAUCCUAUUCCGGUUUGCAGAGAAGCACAAUCUGACCUUAGCCCUUCCUGCUGGCCAGAACUACCACCUGGGCUAUCCUCAUCGCUUCAUGGCCCAGUUUGUAGAGGGAUUUAAAACCAUGGGACAAAGCUACAACAUCAUGUGCAACCACAUGAGGUUUAACCUCCCAGAGGUCCGAAAAGUAAUGCCAAACACCACCACCUACUUUUCCAUCCUGAGAAACCCAGUUUCACUGAUGGAGUCCUCCUAUGCCUAUAAUAAAUUUUUUACACCAGCAUUUAGAAGGUCAAAGGAUGUGAAUGAGUUUCUGGCAUCUCCAUGGACAUAUUACAAUAUGAGUGAAUACACAAAUAAUGUUCAUGCAAGGAACUACAUGUGGUUUGACUUUGGCUAUGAUAACAAUGAAAUGGACACUGAGGACUAUGUUCAGCGUGUCAUAGCAGAGAUUGAACAGGCUUUUCAGCUGAUGCUGCUAACCGAUUACUUUGAUGAGUCCAUGGUCCUGCUGAAGGACACUUUGGGCUGGGAGCUGGAUGAUGUGGUUUACUUCAAGCUGAAUUCCCGAAGCCAGGACACUAUUGAAAGCAUGACCCCUGAGAGCAAGGAAAAGGUAAAAGAAUGGUGCUCAUUGGACUGGAAGCUCUACCAACACUUCAACAGGACCUUCUGGAGGAGAAUUCAGGAGACAAUAGGGCUAGAAAAAUUGGAUCAGGAGGUGAAUCUCUUGAGAAUGAGACAAAAGGAACUCAUGGAGCUGUGUCUCUUGGACCCAGUGCCGAUAGAUAAGACAAAGAUCAAAGACAAAAAACUUCAGCCCUUCCAAUCAGGGCAUGCAAAUAUUCUGGGCUAUAAUCUUAAAGAAGACAUGGCUAAUGAGACUCUGAGAACCUGCCUGAGAUUGAUCACACCUGAGCUUCAGUAUAUGUCAUAUCUGUAUGCUCGUCAGUUUCCAGAGAAGAAGAGGAAGAGCACAGCCUUUUCCUUGUGGUGGAGGUGA